AUGACGAGCUCUUUCCUAUGGUGGCUGCGGGUGGCGGUGAUCGUCGCCAUGGCUGUCCACUCGUCUCCAGUGAGCACCGCCGCGGAGAGAGCCCCGCUGAGAAGUAAGGUCUUCCACUCGCCGCCGUUCACGCUGAGCCCCGGGUCGGUGGAGGGCAAAUACUACGGCGACAUCGGCUUCCCGCGAGGCCACAUCGCCCUGAAGGACUUCAGGGCGGAGUUGGUCGAUGAGGCGGGAAACCCCGUCCCUCUCCACGAUGCCUACAUCCACCACUGGUUGGUGGUGAGGUACUACCAGCGGAAGCGCAGCGGCGCCGCCGGCCCGCCACGGGAGCCUCCCGAGUCCCUUAUUACCGGGAACGCCUCCCCUUCGAAAGGCCCUCCCGAGUACAUUCUCGCGGGGAACGCCGGCACCUGCGAGAAGAUUCUCCGGCAGACCUUUGGCCUCGGGUCAGAGACUCGCCGGACGGUCACCUGGGUCCCCGACCCGUACGGGAUUGAGGUCGGGAACCCGGCGGAGGUGCCCGCCGGGUACGAGGAGAAGUGGAUGAUGAACGUCCACGCGAUCGACACGAGGGGCGUCGUCGACCGCCUGGGUUGCAUCGAGUGCAGGUGCGAGUUCUACAACGUGACCGUCGAUGAGAGCGGCCGGCCCCUGGGGAAGGAUUACCCCGGAGGCGUGCUCUGCUGCCACGAUAAGGCCCGCUGCCGCACCGGCGAAGGCUCCGGUGGCGCCCCGAGGAAGCUCUUCAUGAGGUACGAAGUGAAGUGGCUCGACUGGGCCGCCGGCAUCGUCCCGACCAAGCUUUACGUCCUCGAUGUCACUGAUGAUGGGAAGAGAGGACCAGUAGCGUCGACGGAUGAGUUCAAUGACUGCCAGGUAAACCUCCGUCAUCCAUCCUCAAGAUUCCGGAGAACUUACAUCCCUAAUGACCCUCCCCACGCCGUCUCCUACUCCAGGUGGAGUACCACGUUGCGCCCUGUGGUCGGGAGGCCAGCGGCGCCUGCAUCGACAGCAAGAGGGCGUUUCUGGUUCUUCCUAGCGGAGGCAACAUCGUCUACGCCGUCGCCCACCAGCACAGGGGCGGAGUCGGCGCCGCCCUCUACGGCCAGGUAACCGAUCCUGCCACUGGCGCCGACUUCAAAAAAUCGCCGGUACUGGUUCCAUCUCUGCCGUCGGCUCACUGUCUCGCCGUCGAAAUGGAUCCAGGACGGGCGGACGCUAUGCUCCUCGACGCCGAUCUACGGCCGGGGAGAGAAGGCGGGAGAUGAAGCCGGCUACGUUGUCGGAAUGACGACCUGCUAUCCGAGUCCAGGCUCCGUGAAGGUGACCUCGGGGGAGAGGGUGACUCUCAUCUCCAAUUACAACGCCACCGAGCCGCACUCGGGGGUCAUGGGUUUCUUCUACAUCCUGGUAGCUGACCCGCCGGAGAGCACCGUUCAGUUGACCGUAAGGAAGCCCUCCUCCUCCCUCCCCUGACCCUGCAAAUCUUUCUUGCUGCUUGCACCGGUACUUCGAACUCUACGUUACUCCCGCCAUCGUCGUCUACCCUAAUCCUUCAGCGUGGUUCAUUUCUGCAGGGCCGUCUGCUGCAUUCCAACUAUUUUUGGGUCCUCCUCGGCGGCAUAACCGUGGCCUCCGCCGUCGUCGUCCUCUAUCGGCGGAGGAGGGAAAUCGGUCAACGCUACCAGUCCUUGGCAUUAUAG